CGUGAGUCUCACCGGCGUGAAACAUGUCAACAACAAACCCUCCACCCGCGGCCCCGAGCCCCGCGGCCCCGAGCCCCGCGGCCCCGGACCCCGCGGCCCCGGGGAUGAACGGGGACGGCGGGGCGGGGGACCGGGAGCAGCUGGAGGGUUACGCGGAGUUUGAGGCUCUUCACGCGGCCGCGCUUCAGGCUGCGGGGCUCCCGAGGAUCUACUGGAAAAGUCUGCACCGCAAGAUCCACGACGAGGUGUUCGACGCUGGAGAGGUGUUUGGGAUCGUGCAGAUUCACUCGGACUCGGACUCGGACUCGGCCCCCGGCAUCAUCGGGUCCAAGGUGGUGGUGACGCGGGCGAGCGGCCUCCAGACGGACGACCCCGACAGAGUGUACUCGGAGCUCUCUCAGGUCAGUAAUAAUCUGACUCACCCUCGGUUUAAGUUGACGGACGAUCAGGACGAGGCCGACGUCAUCUGGGCCUACAACCACAUCAAGGACUUCAGGACUCUGAGUGAACUGCGUCCUCACGUCCUGCUGAACCAGUUCCCGUGCGAGAGCCUCCUCACGGUCAAAGACUGUCUGUCCGCCGUGUCCCGCCGGGUCAAGUCCGACUGGCUCCCGCUCACCUUCAACCUCCAGACCGAGCUGCCGCAGUUCAUCCGCUGCUUCCAGACCAGAGCCCAGAGAGGUGAAGACAACCACUGGAUCUGUAAACCCUGGAACUUGGCUCGAGGUUUGGACACUCACAUCAGCAACAACCUGAACUGCCUCAUCCGACAGAGAGAAAGUACACCAAAGGUUGUGUGUAAGUACGUGGAGGACCCGGUGUUGUUCCGUCGGGAGGAGGUGGGGCUGGUGAAGUUCGACGUCAGGUUCAUGUGAUGCUUCGGUCGGUGCAGCCGCUCAAACUCUACACAUACAACGUGUCUGGCUGCG